GGCGGACCACUCGGUUAACCCAUCGGCGAGCGGGCACGAUGCCGCGAAGUCAAUCUCGGGUGUUUGAGGAUGGGGGGGAGGACGAGAAUCGGAAGGCGCAGAAGAAGUGUUGCGUGUACAAGUACAUCCGCGUGGGACAGAGUCUCAGCGAGAGAUUCCACGGCAAUCGCAUGUUGAAGUGCGUUUUCUGCGGCCACGAGUUCCAGGGCAACCAGUUCGUGGCGGCGCGCCAUUUCCGCCAGGGCAAGGGAUGUCCGGAAGUGACAGACGAGGCACUUGUCGACAUCCACUAUAACAGUGAGUACAAGAUGUCCGACAAGUUCCUAGAGCGGAUACAGCGAUUUGAGGAGCUUCACGGUGCGGAUACGGCUGAGGCGGCUACGUCUGCGGGGAAGAGGAAGGAGAGAGAGGAGGGGGAUAGACCGACGGCAGCAGCCGCAACACAGAAGAGGAUGAGACAGAACACGAUCACGGAGUCAUUCUCUUCAAAGUGGCAGAUGGAGCUCAAGAAGAAGUGGUUGCGGUUUGUGUACAGUCAGCGCCUGGCGUUCAACGUCUUCCGGAGCGAGCCAUGGUUGGACGUCGUCCGACACUUCAGGGACUUGUCGGGGCCAGUGAAGGUGUUGUGGCCUUCAGAGAAUGAGAUCGCGGACAUAGAGACCAUUGUCCACACGACGGACGAUGUGGGAGCUGAUCUCGCGGAGGUCAGGGCUCCUUUCUAUAUCACGGGGGCCACCAUUAUGUCAGACGGAAGGAAGUCACGCGAUGCUAGACCCAUCGUUAACUUCCUUGUCGGCGGGUCGCGUGGGGUGAUGCUCGUCCGGACGAUGAACAGGGAGGGUGAGCGGGAUCGGGCGCCUGAUGUGUUGGCGUGCUGGAUCAAGGUGUUCGAUGACUUCGACCCGAAGUGGGUGAAUGCCAUCUGCACCGACUCCGCCUCGGUGUUGGACCGCGGAGGGCUGCACAUGUCGUGGGUGGUUGAGUGGACACAGGAUCUGGCCCGCCAGGUAGCAGAGGAGGUUUUUGCACUUCCGACAGAUCUUGCACACUACAUUGUGCAGAGGGUGCAGGCUCGAUGCACUCACAUGCUGGAGCCGGCGCACGCCGCUGCUCACCUUCUCAGUCCCAGCAGGCGGGACUUGCGGUACUUCGAGGGCGUGGUCAGCGACUACGACGCGAGCGAGGGAGGCGGAGACUUACAUCUUGUCGCAGACAGGGUUCAGUGUGGCGAGCCGCGACUACGAGACCGCAUGUGCACAUUGCAGGUUAUCGCUCUUCGUGUGAUGUACAUGUGGACGUGCUCCUCUCCUGCGGAGAGGAAUUGGGCCGUCCACGAGGGUGUACAGACGAAGAAGCGUAACCGGCUUGAGUUCGAGAAGGUCGCGAAGUUGGUUGAGAUCUUAGCCAACGUCCGCCUUCUCUCUCAUCAGCGGGCAGGCCGCGGGUUCGCGCUGCCGUGGACUCUAGAUGAGUCGUUGUUGGACGUGGAGGGAGGUAUCGGGAUUCGCCCCUCGUGGAAGGGGACAGACGAGAGCAGGACGCGGGAGGAGGUCGAGGCUCAGAGACGUUCAUGGCAGCGAAACCCAUGUGGGUCCAGAGCUCCUCCGGGUGAUGUGGGCGAUGUUUUUGGGAAUCAAGCCGCCACGCACCCGUACCCUCGAGACGACAGUGAUUCCGAGGGUCACGAGGAUGAGGACGAGCCGGCGGGCCCCGCUAUCGCCACUCCUGCGGCGGAUCAGCGUGAUGAGUGGAGCAACCCAAAGGACGUCCGUAGACGGAGUGGCGGCGAUGACCUUUUCGUUCGAGUUGAUUUGGAGGAGGAGUCUGGGGGUCGCCAUGGGAGCCCUUUAGAGCGUUCGAGGCCUACGUCCAGUGCCCCGCUUCCCGCUGAGCGGGAGACAGAUCCUGGGUCUGCACCUUCGAGGGGGGCAGAGUCAGGGAUCGGGCAUCGUCCUCUGGGUCGCUCUGGCACGGCAUCAUCCACCGCUCUCACCACUUCGACGGAGCAGCCUCAUCGACAGCCAGCCGGUGCAGAUCGAUUGCAGAAAUUGGUGAGGGGCCCGAGACAGCGAUUGGAGGAUAGAUUGGAGGGCGGUCCUAUGCCGGUGCAGGGUGACGACGGAGACAGACAGGGGUUGGUUGGUGGAGAUGGUGGUGCGCUGGCCGGAGGUGGAGGCGGUGUCGAGGUUGAUGCGGCGGUUGAGGGGAUACAGAUGGGCGGCGGAUGCGGUUUCAGUGAGUUUGGCGAUAUGGGUAUGCCCCCGGGAGAGAGCGUGGGUCUAGCCCGAGGAGAGAGCGAGUUCCGUGGGGACAUCAGUGUGGGUAUGCAGGACUUACUGGGACAGAUCAGCUCCGUGGACCCGAGUAGUUUCUCCCCUACCAUGCGCACAGAGGUGAUGCUGGGGGCAGAGGGGGAUGAGGACCGGACACCCCCUGGAGAGACAUCUGCAGAGAGGCUGGAUAGGCUUGAUAGUCGUCGAGCGUACCUCUUGGCACAGAGGGACCCCAGGACGCAGGAGCUCGCCCGUCUUGCGGCCGAGGAGCGACAGAGGCAGCUAGGGACAUUUACGCCAGCGUCUCAGGGGACGCACGAUAGCGGGUUGUCACCGACCGAGGAGCCACGUUUGGAGCCGGCGCAGCCUCCUGCCGCGCAGCUGAGGCCAGAGGAGACAUUGCAGGAGGUCGCGGGGGUGCCUCUGCCCGCGGGUUCAGUUGAGGGUGUCGUGCAUAUGUCCCCGGGUCUGGAGGACAUACAGACGGGGCAGUCAGUGGGCGUUGAUGAUAUUCGCCCAUUGCCACAGGCGGAGGGGAUAGCGCCGGCCACCGGGGGGGACGGGGCCGUAGCGGGGGCCGUUGGUGUUGGCGGGUCGGGGGUGUCGUCCGCGGCCGAUCCGAUGUCCACGUCUGGCGGCGGAGACCCCACACAGGUGGACAGGCCGCGAUCUGGCGGGGUUGCAGAGGGCUUACCUUCUGGAGGUUCCGUCGCAGCGGCAUCGGGCGGGGCCGCAGGGGACUUACCUUCUGGAGGUUCGGUCGCAGCGCCAUAUGGAGGCGCCGCAGGCCCUUCGUCACCCUUGAGCGCAGCUCCGAGGGAGGGCGGCAGCCUCACCCCGAGGUCGGUUGCCCGUAGACGGAGAGACACUACCCAGCGUGCGCGGGAGUUGCUGGACACCAUAUUGUUCGGUCGCACAGAUCGACCAUGGAGCGAAACGAGACGGGUGACAACGGCGAGUGUCGGUCGUCAGCCAGGUUUGAGAGGGGUUUCCACGAGCACGAGACGUCGAGAUGUUGUAGCUGCAGGGUUUGGGGGUAGAGGGGGUGGCAGCGGUGGCAGUGCUGGCGACGGUGACGGCAGAUGUGAGGGCGUAGGCGGUGCCACGACGAGCGCAGUGGAUCCGCCGCGGACGUACGGUUUGAGAGAGGCGUCGAUUAUUUUGGAGGAGCCUGAUGUUGUAACACGACUGAGGCAGGCCCGACACGUGCCCUUAGAUUGACGCCAGGAGGGGGAGACUUCAGGGACUGACGGUCUACCUAUGGCACGCGAGUCACGUCGACGUGAUGACCUAGCAGCAGCAGCCAUCAGGACGGUGAGAGGCAGGAGAGUCAUUAUGGACGACGAUCCCGACGAGCUUCCCGUCCCUCCCGAGCCUCCUGCUGGCGGACGCGGCGGCCAGCGUCAGAGAGAUCGAGGAGGUCGCAGGGGUCGGUCCCACGGAGGAGUUUCUCAUCGGUCCGAGCGAGAUCCACGUGCGCACGACGAUC